AUGACUGCGCAAUCAACCUGGAGAGAAAAGGCUCUAUUGAAAAAAAAUCAACUGAAUAGCAAGAUAAAAGAUGAAUGGAAGUUAGACAACGCAACCAUGAGAAGGUUGAAAAACGAUAAAAAAAAUCUAACCAAGAACAUCGAUGAUUUAUGUCCUUUCUCGGAGAAUCAGAUCACCCAUUCCACAAUUAUAAAAUUAAGGGAGAAACUGAAAGCAAGAGAAUUGACUUGCCACGAAAUAACAUUUGCAUUUUGCCACAGAGCUGCUCUGAUUCAUCAAGUAGUUAAUUGUUUAUCGGAAAUCAUGUUCUCGGAGGCACUGAAAUUGGCUGAUUAUCAGGAUACCCAUAGACCAACAACAUUGCCGCCUUUGUAUGGUAUACCGAUAUCUUUGAAGGACCAAUGCAAUGUCGAGGGAGUAGACACCUCAUUGGGAUAUUUAUCUCGAACUUUUAAACCAAAAACCAAAAAGGAGGAGUCAUUGAUUGUUACCUUUCUCCGGGACUUAGGAGCAUUGAUCUUCGUGAAAACUACUGUGCCUUCAUCAAUGAUGGCUACGGAUACAGAGUCAAAUACGUUUGGAUACACAUAUAAUAGUAUUAAUUUGGAGUUCUCUAGCGGCGGUUCAUCAGGGGGAGAAGGAUCGUUAAUCGGAGCUCAUGGUUCUUUGUUGGGCUUAGGUACUGAUAUAGGCGGAAGUAUAAGAAUUCCAAGUAGCUAUCAAGGACUGUUCGGUUUGAAACCAACUUUUGGACGGGUCCCUUACUUGAAAGUGGAUAAUUCUUUUGAGGGAAGAGAAACAAUUCCAAGUGUAAUUGGACCGCUGGCAAAAGACCUUUUGGAUUUAAGAUAUUUCAUGAGUUGUAUCAUAAAUACCUGCAAACCAUGGGUCCAAGAUGUGAAAUGUAUACCGUACCAUUUUGAUUCCACUACAAAUGAAUUACACAAGAAUUAUGUGGUUGGAAUAUGGUAUGGGGAUGGUAUUAUUGAUCUUCCACCGAGUGACAUCAGGGCUUUGAAGAUGUGCGAAAAUCUGGUUAAUAAUACUGAAGGAAUGAAGGCAGUCCAAUGGAAGCCCUCCAGUGAAUUAAGCGGAGAACUAUUCGAUAUUGCUAAUGAAGCGGAUGUUGCAGACUCAGGUAACGAGAUAAAGGGUGAAUUUGAACUUUCGGGAGAACCACUACUUGAUAUUCUCAAACCAAUGGUUUUGAUUGACGGUAGACCCCCAUAUACAGUUAAUGAAUGGUGGGAUUUGACUAAAAGGGUUUAUAAUGCGCAACAAUCGAUGAGAGACUAUUACCUCUCCUUCCCAGAAUCAGACAGACCUGACGUUAUUAUAUCCCCGACAACAUUAAUGCCAUUCAGGCCUGGCGACAUGCUGAAGACCACUUUAAGGUACAUUUUAUUAUUCAACGUUUUAAAUUUCCCCUCUUUGUCCAUACCUGCGGGUAGCGUCAAUUGCCAAGUGGAUGGAUUGAUGGAUAUUUCUUCUGCGCUCAAUACGGAAGAUAAAAUGAUCAGGACAUACUGGAAUGAUUUAAUCGAGUCUGGUGAUAUAGAAGGGUUUCCAAUAGGUCUGCAAGUAGUCAGCCCUACUUUCGAUGACAGCGAGGUUUGUAAAUUUGCGUCUUGGUACUGCAGCAGAGUAUAG